AAACCCUACAUUCGCCUCCCUCACUCUCUCAGUCUCAUCUCAAAACUCAUCACUGUCUCUCUCUCUCUCUCUCACUCUCUCGUUUCGUUAUUCUGCUGCACCGAUCACUCUCUCUCACUCUCUCGUUGUUCAUCUCAUCGCACCGCCGAUCUACUCACAGAUAUCAUACAUAUCUCUCUGAUCUGAUCAGAUCCACAGUUUGGUUUUGCAUCUCUGCACCGAUCGACUCAUAGUUCAUAAAUCUGAGGCUUUUCACCACGAGCAGGAUUCAGUUCUGUGGUCAGAAAAACUGAGACCUUGUGCUGAAGCUCUAUAUAUUGUUUUGUUUGAAAAUCAUAGUCAGGUGAAACAUAAGAGAAGAAAUGAAUGCAUUCAAGGCCUACAAAGCAUGUGUCCCUAUUGCAUGGAGCCCCAACUUGUACAUAACCUUGGUGAGGGGCAUUCCGGGAACUAGGAGACUUCACAGGCGAACAUUAGAGGCAUUGCGCCUUCGCAAAUGUAAUCGAACUGUCAUGAGAUGGAACACUCCUACUGUCAGAGGAAUGCUUCAGCAGGUUAAGAGAUUGGUUGUGAUUGAGACUGAGGAGAUGUAUAAAGCCCGAAAACAGAAGGAUGCAAACCACCAAGCUCUACGUCCACCAUUUGUUGUGAGCCACCUCCCUGCAGCUGCAAGUGAUUCUUCUCAGUGACCUAUUCUUUGGAGAAUUUUAUAUCUGAUCAUGAACAGCGUCACAUGUGGAGCUGAUGCAGGAAGGUGGUGUAAGAAAUCCAGAUCAUUUUCCCAACUAAGCACUUUUAUUUGAUUGUUGUUCAUGUCCAUGGCUAGAAUGUCAUUUUGGGUGUAAAAUUUUGUAGUUUAUGCAUAAUGUGAAGGCAGAAACUCUUUUCUAAGUUUAUAUAUACUGUAGCUUUGGCAGCCAUAGCAGUAACGAAUUAGAUGAUGGUAGGCAACCCAUAUGGCAUUAGAUAUUCUGAAUGUUUACAUAGUGCCAGAUCAAUUGUCUUGAUAUUCACUUUUGUGGAGUAUAAACACAUGCAUAUUUAUGUUGAGCCAGAUCAAUCAAUUGUCUUGAUAUUCA